AUGUAUCGUGAUUUGAGGCAACAUUACUGGUGGACUGGGAUGAAGCCUGAUAUAGUAGAGUUUGUUGCGCAGUGUCUGAAUUGCCAACAGGUGAAGUUGACUAAGUCUGCCCAUUUUAUUCUAGUGAAGAUAACUUAUGAUGCAGAGAAAUUGGCUAAAGUCUAUAUUCGUGAGAGGUACCACAGUGAUAGUUCGUACAUAAUCCAUUGGGAUUCGGUUUUGUUAGAUGAGAAUUUGUCGUAUGAAGAAAAGCCCGUUGCUAUCUUAGACAGAGAUGUUCACAAGUUGAGGUCCAAGGAAAUAGCUUAUGUGAAAGUUCAGAGGAAAAACCGCCCAGUAAAAGAAGCUAAUUGGGAAACAUAA